AAGGCUGUAGAGCUUAUUUACAUACAUCACACCGUUUACACCAUGAAAAUAAGAUUGCCGUCUUUCACUCUCAAGGGCAUUUUUGUGACCAUCAUACUGCUACUGGCUGUUAGCUUUAUGGCUAAAAGGAGUAACACACAAGUGGAUCGGAAAGAGACGUCAGCACCAAGAGUCUCGAACAGAAAAAAUCCGGAAAAUUCAGUUUUGCAGACGAGAACGAACACGGCAGAUGAUGUUGCCGAUGACACUAAAUCUACCCCUCCCUGUGGCCAAAUUUGCGACUAUUCCAUUCGAAAGAAAAGCGGUGAUCAUAUCCUAAGAAAAGAUUUCAAUUGUCGGGAUAUAUUCUUCAGGCUGAAGCAUCCAUCUGGACAAACUUUCAAGCCACCUUUGAAAAACCCGCCUCCAGAGAUGCUUCAAGAUUUCACGCAAAAUGGCACCUUGAAGUUGCAUAUCCGGUACCUUGAUGACUCCAAAAAACGCAAUAAAACAACGUUCACAUCAGAAGAUAUCAAAAAGCUUCUAAAAUUGGAUAAUGAUCAAAUAAAAAUGGGCUCGUAUGGAGAAGAUAGCGACAGAUUCAAAAAGAUCCUCUACAGAUACCGAGACGAAUUAAAAGACAAGACAGGAAUUGUCAUAGGAAGUCAAAGUCCUUGGCUAGAAGUCAUGCUAUUAAAUCUUGGUGUGAAGCACGUGACAACUGUUGAUUACAAUCCAGUUUUCUUCGACCACCCACAACUGUCCUUCAAGUUAAUGUCAGAUACGGCGGACGAAAUCACCAACGAUCCGUCGCGCCGAAUGGACUUCGCCGUUUCGUUUUCCUCUUUGGAACACUCUGGCCUAGGUCGGUAUGGAGACCCCAUCAAUCCAUAUGGCGACCUUGAAGCCGCGGCCCAAGUCUGGUGUAUGCUGAAGCCUGGUGCGUUGUUUUUGCUAGCAGUGCCAGGACGUCUUGGUAGCUGGGAAGGCACUUUGUAUUUCAACAUGCACCGCGAUUAUGGUGGAGCUCGUUUAGAACAAAUCGCUGCAAACUUUGAAGAACUAGAACGCGGGAAAACAAAAAAGCACAUCGCGCUAGUUUUAAGAAAGCCCGUUUAAAUAUUUACUGAGAAGAUACUGGCGCUAAGUUUCAUAUUAGCCUUGCUUUUAAAUAUUACAUAGAUUUUCAUGUUGAUAUGGGGGCAGA